UCCCAGAUUCGGGAGUCUCGGAUAAUGGGCCGUGUUUUACCAGCAGUGUGUUUUCAGAAUUCAUGAGGCAGAAUGGCAUCCAACAUAUCAAAGUUGCACCUUAUCACCCAGCUUCCAAUGGUCUGUUUGGCCAUGAGACUGUUUACACCGAUCACGCCGCAUUGCGUUCAUUGCUAGGCACGCUUAAUCCGUCCGGGAAGCUUGCUUGCCCUAUGGGGAAUGAUGAUAUAGGAGAUGUCGCCCGAGAUGGCCGAGUCAACCACAAUGCCGAUGCGUUGUCUCGCCUACCGCUUGUUGAAGCGGACGUUCCGGUCGGUACAGCAUAUGAAUCGACUGAGAGAAUGGCCGCACCAGUAGCGGUUGUCGAACAGCAGGAGAAACUGGAAGAAUUUAGCGAAAGCCGUGAAGAGAUAGUGGAAAACAGAAAACGGACACAAUCUUGCGGAGAUCCAAAAGUUCGUGGUAGAUAGAA